AUGGGCAAAGACUUCAGUGGCAUCAGUGACAAGGAGGUCAACGCAGUCAGGCACAUCAGUCGGAAAGUCCAACAAAGCACCAAAGACACUCAACCUUCUGCAACCUUGGACCUGUCGGACUACGCCAAGAAGCACGAGCAUGCAGACUUGUUACUCGCCUUCCUGGAGGAGCUGCAGUCCUCCCUCGAGCGGGUUGCCGUGGCCAACGGUGGCGUAGCCUCUGAGGACGUUGCUGCCUUGGUGGGGGCGACAGAGAUGCAGGUGCCCCACACGGAUCUUCUGCCCGGGCAAGUGCAAGUGAUUUGCGCCCUGACGGAGACAUCUUCCACCUUGGUCUAUGACCCCAAGUUGCAAAGACCCAGUCACCAGGACGUCGCGAAGAUGAUGGGAGUUGAAGCUUCAGAACUGAAGGAAGAGGGCCAAUUCGGCCUAGUCUACAAGAGUUUCCCCCUGGUACUGCCAGUGAAGGAUGUCUACCGGAACAUGGUGGAGUCCUACGACGCGACGAAUGGCCCCUUUGACUGCGGCGAUGCAGUUCAGAUCCGGGACGGAAUCGUGCAUGCAGGUCCUGGUUGUGAAGAUCAGCCGGGUGAGCCGCGGGUGGUGGUUUUCAUGACCUACCGGACUUUCAGAGAUGAGCAUUAUGAGUUUACCUUCCAGGCGAAGUUGUGGGAUUGGGCUUCACAUCCAGCGAUUCCACCGAUGGUGGCCUACAAACGGCUGCAGGAAGUCUAUCGCUUUGGGGUGGACAACGGCAUGGACAUCAAACCCUGGACCUACUAUCCUCCAGAGAGUUUGGAGGCCUGCAAAAUGCUAUGCACAACUCCUGGCUUGGACGAAAUGACUGUGGAACUCUUGGUGGAAGAAUGGCGGGAGAUGCUCUACGACGAGAAUGUACAAAUUGUAAAUCAGGAUCAAGAGAAGAGUGCCCUGAUGGACGCGUGGCAGCGCGAGGAGGAUCAGUACGAAUUGAUCAUGGUGAUGAGACGCAGUUUUCGAAGGCACUUCUUCACUUUCUUCAUCCUGUCCAUGGCUGUGUUGAGUGGGGCGACGUCUUUGUUUUGCCCCCUGUCCAUCGAUAUGUUGGCGGGACGCCUCUCCAUCAACGUCACAGUGCUUCUGUCCAUGGUCGCCUUCUCCGUGCAAAGGCCUAGUGCCAUUGAAGCGGUGCCGUACAACACCAUUCACGACAUCUUCGUGCAAGUGUGCACGCUCUUAACGGCCACCCUGUCCCUCUGCAACCUGGCCACGCAACUUACGUGUUUCGAGAUGACAGAGGGCUGCGAUGAAUGCGUUCGAGAGGAGAACGGCCGGAUACGGCCGGAUACGGCCGGAUACGGCCGGCAUGGCGGCUCUGGCCCAGUGCUAAAAAAUGCGAGUUUCAUUGUGACCUCUUCCAGUUGA